CUUCCUUCCUUCCUUCCUUCCUUCCUUCCUUCCGUGCGCCCGCGGUGGUUGCCGUGGUCGUUGCGGGGCGAUGGCCCCGUGGCGGCGGGACGUGCGGCUGAGCUGGGGCCAGCGCUUGGGCUGCGCGGGGCUGUCGGGGGCGCUGAGCCUCAGCCUCACGGCGCCGCUGGAGGUGGCCACGGUGCUGGCGCAGGUGGGCGGCUCCGGGCGGGGCCCGGGGGUCCCGGCCCGGGGGUCGCCGCCCACCGGCCUCCUCCGCCUCGGCCUCCGCCUCGGCCGCGCCCAGGGCCUCCGGGCCCUCUGGAAGGGCAACGGGGUGGCCUGUCUGCACCUCGGACCCUCCGGCGCCCUGCAGCUGGCCGCCUACCGCAAGCUUGUCUUACUUUUCAUGGAUGACCUAGGCUGUGUUUCCCAGUGGAGCGCUAUAGUGGCCGGGAGUCUCGCCGGCAUGGUGGCUACUAUAGUGACUUACCCUAUAGACGUUGUCAAAACCCGGCUGAUCGUUCAGAACCUGCUGGAGCCCUCUUACACAGGAAUUCUCCAUGCGUUUUACACAAUUUAUCAUCAAGAAGGCUUCCUGGCACUUUACCGAGGAGUUUCCCUCACUGUUUUAGGUGCUGUACCCUUCUCCAUUGGCUCCUUUCUGGUUUACAUGAACUUGGACAAGCUGUGGAAUGAGCCCCGAGAUCGUUUUUCUCCCUUGCAGAACUUUGCCAAUGGGUGUCUGGUAGCUGGGGUGGCCCAGAGUCUCUCUUUCCCCUUUGACACGGUGAAGAGGAAGAUGCAGGCUCAGAGCCCCUGCCUUCCCCAUUAUGGCGGAGUAGACGUUCACUUCUCGGGAAUGGUAGAUUGCUUCAGACAGAUCGUCAAGACCCAGGGUGUGCUUGGACUCUGGAAUGGAUUGAUGCCCAACUUGCUUAAGAUAGUACCAUAUUUUGGUAUAAUGUUUAGCAGUUUUGAGUUCUGCAAGAGGGUUUGUCUUUACCGAAAUGGUUACAUCGUGUCCCCUUGGAGUUCCAAGUUGACACCAGGGGUGGACCAGAGCUUACGACCAGAGGAGUUGCAGGAAUUUAAAAAAUUCCUCAGAAAUGGAAAUUUUGAAAGAAGAAAACCCACUAUAGAAAACUGAUGGAGAUGCUGGACAUGUUCUUUUGAAAAGCUGGCUAAAACCAGUCAGCCAAAUGCAACCUCAAUCUUGUAUUUGUGAAACUCAAAGAAAGUGCUUGUCGGAAACCCCGAAAGAUGGAACAUUUCAACCCACCCCUCAGCUCUGUGACUGAACUCAUCCGCACAGUCCCUAAAAUGUGGGACACUGUGAUGCCACCGGUCCUGCAUUGCUACAUGGCCUCAACUUCAGGAGGCUGGGACUCUUGUUGGUGCUAGCGUACUCCGGGGAGACAUCCGCAGUUGCCUCAUAGACUGCACGUGACCUGCUGGUGAUAUGUUGUGCAGGGGGGCUGAUGGGCUUCCUCAGAACCUCACUGCCUAUCUCUAAUAAUAAUAAAUAUUGAAAGGGAAA